UUUCAUUUCUCACUCCUGUUGUGUGGAGACACUCCUCUGUGGAGAACUCAUUUCUGAAUUGAUGAGUGAAUCUUGACCAGACCUACACUUGAUCUUCUCCACUGAGUUAAGGCUCCUGAAAUCUUGCAGGAGUCUGUGAGCAAGAAGAGCCUCUGGAGUCAGGACAGGAAGAAGCAGGAGAGCAUGGCAAUGGAUUUUUCAUCACAAGGGAGCAUAAACGAGGAGGUGAUCUGCCGCAUCUGCCAGCAGCUCCUGACAGAACCCAUGAGCCUGCACUGUGGCCACAACUUCUGCCAACUCUGCAUCGCUGCAAAUGAGUCAGAGAGCUUCUUUGGAGGGCAAUGUCGCUGUCCUGUGUGCCAGAGCACAUACGACCCUUGGCACCUCAUGCCUAAUAAGGAGUUGGACAACAUAGUGAAGAAAAUCAGAGAAGUCAACAUGUGGUCACACCAGCAGCAGAGGAGUGAUCUCUGUGAGCAACAUGGUCUCUGUGAGCAACAUGGUCUCUGUGAGCAACAUGGUCUCUGUGAGCAACAUGGGGAAAAUUGCCAUCUCUUCUGUAAGGAGGAUGGGAAGGCCAUUUGCAGCCAUUGUGUCCAGGAGCACCCAGGUCACCAAAUAUCCCUCGUGGAGGAGGUGGUCAAGGAAUGUCAGGAGAAACUCCAGGUGGCUGUGGACAGGCUGAUGAAGGAGGAGCAGGAAGCUGAGAGGUUGGAAACUGUCAUCAAUGAAGAGAGAGAUACCUGGAAGAAUCGUAUGCAGACUGAGAGAGAGAGGAUUGUAGAAGGGUUUGAGGAAAUGAGAGACGUCCUGGACAAAGAAGAGAAAAGGGAGCUGCAAAAGCUGGAUGACAAUGAAGUGCAUGUGCUGGAUAACUUGGCAGUGGCUAAAGACCAGGUGGUCCAGCAGAGGCAGUACACGAGAGAGCUCAUUUCAGAUCUCCAACAUCAUAUGUGUGAAUCAUCAAUGGACAGGCUGCAGGGAUCAAUUUUUGUCUUAUCUAGGAGCGAGAUCUGGACCUUGAAGAAGCCAAAAAUUGUUUCCAAGAAGCUAAGUAAAUUCCAAUUUCCAGAUCUGAAUGGGAUGCUGCAAGUGUUUAAAGAGCUGGCAGAAGUCCAAAGCUACUGGGUGGACUUCACGCUGAAUCCGUUCAAUGAUGUUUCCAAUGUUGUCGUUUCUGAGGAUCAGAGACAAGUGACUGUUGGGAAUGAUCUUAUGUUUAGGAAUGUAUACCCAUGUAACUUUUCUGCUUUUGAUGUAUGGGGCAGCCAAAAUUUCUCUUCUAAGAAAUGUUACUGGGAAGUUGACGUGUCUGGGAAAAUUGCCUGGAUUCUGGGGGUAUACAGUAAAACAAGCAAUCUCAAUAGAAAGAAAAGCUCUGGGUUUGUUUUUAAACCCCAAACAAAUUAUCCAAAUGCUUACUCCAGAUUCAGACCUGAAAAUGGCUACUGGGUUGUAGGGUUACAGAAUGCAUCUGAGUACAAUGCCUUUGAGGACUCUUCCACCUCUGAUCCCAAGGUCUUGACUCUUUCCAUGUCUGUUCCUCCCCGCCGAGUAGGGGUUUUCCUAGACUAUGAAGCAAGAACUGUCUCAUUUUUUAAUGUCACAAACCAUGGGUCACUCAUCUACAAGUUCUCGAGAUGUCACUUUUCUCAGACUGUUUAUCCCUAUUUCAAUCCUUGGAACUGCCCAGUUCCCAUGACUCUGUGCCCACCGAGCUCCUGAACAUUCUCCUUCCCUCACUCACUUCUGUGUAGCGACCCUUGUCCUGGGACUCAUCUCCUGCACCUGAGUUCACUGCUCCAUUCAGACCUUCUCUUCCUUGCUGUCUCCCUCCUGUAGAACAUUUAUUGAUUCUUGGGUUAGAAGAGAAGCUUAUUUACUCAGUUACUCUUUCCUAUAUUAUCAGCAAAAGGUAUCUAAAUCCUCCUAUCAAAAGUAUUAGUAUAAUACCUCUACCCUCCCAUUUUUCCACAUUUUCCUUUAACCCUAACUUGAAGAGACAUUAACCAUGACUCUAGGACAAUCCAUAAUCAUUCCACAACUAAAUAGUAUUUUAGUGUAUAUCUAUUUGUUGCCCAACAUACAGCAGGUUGUCCAGAGAGUUUAGGAGGAGGGAACAAAUGUAAUAUAUGUACCAAGAGUGAACAUUUUAUGUCCAGAGUGUUUGAGUUUAAAUCCUGUCUAUUCUCUUACAAGGCGUGUAAUGAUGGAUUUAUUUUUGUUUCUUCUCAUAAAAUAAAAAUUGGAUUUUAAACUGCA